CACAUAAAAAGUUGUUUACAAACGAAAAGUGUAUUUAACGGCGAUUUUGAUUGCAAUUAAUGAAUGCUUACGUGAAUUAGCAUUGAGUUGAGCGUAGAUCACGUGACAUACGAGUGAAGCAAACGACCUAUUUGUGUGACAAUUGAUACCCAAGUGUUCGCAUCCAUACACACCACACACCCACCCAUGGAUCAGAUCAUCACCGAUAGGAUGUCGCUGUUCUUGCGGCCGGAGAUCAGCGACUUUGUCAUCAUUGUUGGCGACCAAAGACUUAAU